GCUAUCAGUUUCAUUCUAACAACCCAAGUCUAACCUAGCUAAAGCACAAAAAACAAUACAAGUGUAAAUCAGUGCUAUCCUAUUCCAUCGAUCACAUCCAGUGGUUCGCAACAUACAGUCAGUCUACUAAAGUUUUUGGCGGUUCGUUUUAAGUGGUUCACAAAGUGUUUUAUUUAUCAGUGUUUGAUUCAUGGUUAAGGAUCGCUUGAGGGGUAGUUCUUGCAUCUGAAGCAGUAGUAUAUUACUAACCAAAUGAAAUCCUUGAUGAUCAUCGGACUUGGCAUGUGCCUGAUGGCGGUUACCGUCACGGCUCAAGCAGGUGGCAGUAACGUUCUGAGUUUUCUACAAACCGAAAUAACUACUCUAACUACCACAAUCAACAGUUUGGUCAGUCAAAUUAACGCCGCUCUUUCCGGUGGAAUCUCGAACGCCAACAGAGCAUUGUCCACAGGAUUAGCUAAUGCCCGUAAUGCCCUCCAAAAUGCUCAGACGAUUCUUACCAGCAUUGUUGGCAAUGGAUUGACUCAAUUCUCUACUGGUUUGAGCACAACGCUGAACACUCAAACCGCUCAGCUAUUGACAGACCUUGGCUACUUGAACGGUAAUCUAACGCAAGUUCUGGUUGCUGGAAAUAGCGCUUCAAUGGAUCUGAUUUACAAUCUGGGCAAUGCUACUGCAAAUCUGAACGCGGCGACAGCUAACGUGGCAUCGCAUGUUAACUCCUUGCUCGGCAAUUUGCUAAAUACAGCUUACAUAAUGUUUCGAUAGUUUCCAUUGUGCUUAAAUUGAAUAAA